ACAGCAUCCGCUUGGAGUUUUACCUAAGUUGUAGUUGCAUUGUUGGAGUCACAUUUAACAGAAUAACGAUUGACGUCCACAAAUACAACAGAAGUGAUGUUGUUUAUUCUUGUUGUGUGAUAUCUUGCUUUUUUUAUGUAUGCGGAGGAAGAAAAUUUUGCUGUGCAACGGUCUAGGGAAAAGACGGACGAAGUCUAGGGCUCGAGGAAGAAAGAUUUUUACCCUCUGAAAAUAGGCUGCGCUGCAUUGGAGUUGGUUUUGAGCUACCGUCAGAUUGUGAUGUUUCUAUUCAGAAUGUAGAUCUGACGAUAAAUUGCGAUUUAAAAUCUUGCAGGCACCCAUGUGAUGUACUUGAUUUAUGCUUAAUUUGUGCCCACUUUGGAGUUAAGACAACUCAGAAGAGAGGAUGUACUCUUGACUAUCACAUUCACACUAUGAAUACACAUUCGGCUGUAUUAUGGUGGUAUGUGCUUGUUACUCUAGCACUACCUGGUUCUUUAUGUACAAAGCACUGCUCAGAUCUUCUGAAAGGACAAUAUAAAUGCAAAGAGCCUGAGAUAGAUCCAGACACCCAACAAGCAAGAGGCUGUACCAAAGAAAACCAGUUAAUAGAUGUCAGUUGCAUGCCAGCACCAGAUAUUGAAUGUGAAGGUUGUAUAGAUGAGACAUGUACAAGCAAUGCUGUGAUGAGACACAAUGGUUCUACUGUGGGCUUCAAAAUGAAGGUGCCUUGUAAGUGGACGAACGGGUAUUCUUUUGAAGUCUCUUUGCUUCUAUCCAUAUUUCUUGGGAUGUUUGGGAUUGAUAGAUUCUAUCUUGGAUAUCCAGCCAUAGGUUUACUCAAGUUCUGCACAUUGGGCUUCAUGUUUAUAGGACAGUUAAUAGACAUCAUCCUUAUAGCUGCCCAGGUGGUGGGCCCAUCAGAUGGCUCCCACUAUGUGAUAGAUUAUUAUGGGGCUGGACUGACAAGGGUAGUGACUGAUAACUGGACAGUCAAUGUGACAGAAUAGCUUUGAAUGCUGAGUGCUCAAUAAAUUUAUCCUAUGCUCCUCCUCCCGAUUGCCUGCAUAGUACAUCAGAGGAGUUUUCGAUUUUUUUGGGCUGCUUGUCUGUCUUUGUUUUCCAGAACUGCUUCAUAAUUCAGAGAGAAAAACUUUACACAUCUGCCCACUCCAAAAUAGUGUUUGCUAAUGAUCUCCAGAUAUGCACGUGUUAAUCUCUCGGUCCAGCCCUAUGUAUGGAGGCAGUAAAAUUAAGUGAUCAUGGAGUUUUUCUUCAAGUGGGAGAACAUACUUUAGAGGUAGUCGUAAAUGGCAUCAGUAAUAUAUUAAUGUAGAGAGAUAUGAAGCCAGGUUAAGGCUUGUCCAUAUCAGGACUUAUGAAAUGUUAAAUUUUUUGUGAAAGAACAAAAACUGAGAUGUGGUGAAAAGGUAUUGAAUGACUGGCAAUUGGACUUAACAUGAAACUGAAUGAUUCAUUUUUAGUUCCAUUUCUUUCAUGAAAAUAAAAACCAUAUCUUUAUUUAA